AUGGAGGUGACUCGAUAUCAGUUCUCUAGGUCAGCCAACAAUUCUGAGGAAAGGGUCCUCGCUCACUAUAGUGAAGUGGUAUUAUUUCUGGAAGGGGAACCAGAUAUUCCAGAAGAACUCCAAGGUGCCAAGAAAGGGAUGUUGUACCUCACUCAAUACAAAAUAAUAUUCCAGCAUAAAGAUAAGGGAUCAACCAUCAUCCGUUUUCCACUGCAGCUGUUGGGAGAUUGCUUUCUGGAGGAAGAGCCCGACUCCAAACCUCAACACAUCAAAGGAACUCUGACUUCCACCCAGGGACUUCUUGCUUUCAAAUUCACUUUCCAGUAUGGAGCUUCCGAUUGCCUAAACAUGAUCAAAGAUCUAGUAGAUUCAGAUAUUUUGAAAGAGGCUACGAAUCUCCAAGAAUACCCCACUGCCUCCAUCUAUACCUAUGCUCACCCUGCUGCACCACAGACAACCCGUUCUCUCAACAUGUUACCACUCUGGCCCCCACCUUACCCUGGCCCCCCAGAGCUCCCCCCUCCCUAUUCUGAAGUGGAAGCAGACUCUCCAGGUAGAAGCAGAGAGGCAGAGAUCCAAGAAACCUGUUGCCAUUGCAGAGGACGAAUGAUUCAGAAUCCAGCAAACAGGCUGGACUAA